UGACAGUUGACAGAAAAGUCCGUGUCAGUGGACUCCUGUGUUGUGUUCAGGUGUUCACAAUGGGACAUAGCAGCCUGGAGAAGAUCAUCGCACUACAGAGAAACCCCGAGAACAUUAGGAACCUCUGUAUUUUAGCACAUGUCGACCACGGUAAAACGACUCUUGCCGACUGUUUAGUGGCGAGUAAUGGCAUCAUAUCGAGUCGACUCGCUGGGAAGCUGAGGUACCUGGACAGCAGGGAGGAUGAGCAGCUCAGAGGAAUCACCAUGAAGUCCAGUGCCAUCUCCCUGCACUUCACACAAGGAGAGAAGGAGUACUUAGUGAAUCUGAUCGACUCUCCCGGUCAUGUGGACUUCUCGUCGGAGGUUUCCACCGCCGUGCGACUGUGUGACGGCGCCAUCGUUGUCGUCGAUGCUGUGGAGGGGGUGUGUCCACAGACUCAGGUGGUUCUCCGUCAGGCCUGGUUGGAGAACAUCAGGCCUGUCCUGGUGAUCAAUAAAAUCGACAGACUCAUCAUAGAGUUGAAGCUCACGUCUCAGGAAGCCUACGCCCACCUGCAGAAGAUCCUGGAGCAGGUGAACGCAGUCACAGGGACUCUGUUUACGUCCAAAGUGUUGGAGGAACGAGCAGAGAAAGACAGCGAGGAGAAGGAGAGCGACCUGAGUGGAGAUCAGGUUUACGACUGGAGCGCCGGACUGGAGGAGGCUGACGACUCCAACCUUUACUUCUCGCCCGACCAAGGAAAUGUGGUUUUCGCCAGCGCCAUCGAUGGAUGGGGCUUCAGCAUCCAACAGUUUGCACAAAUCUACAGCCAGAGGAUGGGCAUCAGAGCGGAGGUGCUGCUCAAAACCCUGUGGGGAGACUUUUACCUCAACGCCAAGGCCAAAAAGAUCAUGAAGGGAGCUCAGGCCAAAGGAAAGAAGCCGCUGUUUGUGCAGCUCGUGCUCGAUAACAUUUGGAGUUUAUACGAUGCCGUUGUCACGAGGAGAGACAAGGAGAAGGUGGAGAAAGUGGUGACAUCACUGGGGGUAAAGGUCAUGGCCAGAGACACCCGUCACUCAGACCCUAAAGUCCUCCUGAGUGCGAUCUGCAGCCAGUGGUUACCGGUGUCCCAGGCCGUCCUCUCUAUGGUGUGUGAGAAGCUCCCCAGUCCGUUAGACAUGGCGGCAGAGAGAGUGGAGAAGCUGAUGAGUGUCGGAGCGCGGAGGUUUGACUCUUUACCCGAAGAGACGCAGGAACUAAAAAAAGCGUUUCUCCAGUGUUCGAGUCAAGAAAAUGCUCCAGUCAUCAUUUUUGUGUCCAAGAUGUUUGCAGUGGAUACCAAAGCCCUGCCUCAGUACAGACAGAGGCCGUUGACCCAGGAGGAGAUCGCCCAGCGCAGGGAGCUGGCCAGACAGAGGCAUGCUGACCGGAUGGCAGCCGAUCAGUCAGCGGCAGACCUGGCAAAGUACGACAGUACGACACAGGACGGCCAGACGGCUGCACCCGGUACAGAUGUGUCGGCCAGGAUGGAGAGUCUGACGGUGAAGGAGCCAAAGCCUGAGGAGGACGAGCAGCAGAAGGAGACGUUCAUCGCGUUCGCCAGAGUCUACAGCGGUGUGGUCAAACGUGGACAGAGAGUGUUCGUACUAGGACCAAAGUAUGACCCGGCCCAGGGUCUGAGCAUGCUGCCGGAGGGUUGCACUGCGACAGACUCUGUUCCUGAAGUGCCCCACCUGUCCUGUUGCACCAUGGGAAACCUGUACCUCCUAAUGGGCCGAGAGCUGGAGGAGCUGGAGGAGGUGCCAUGUGGAAACGUCCUGGGUAUCGGUGGUCUUGAGGAGUAUGUAUUAAAGUCCGCUACCCUGUCCACCUCCCCAGCCUGCCCUCCUUUCACGCCACUCAACUUUGAGGCCACGCCCAUCGUACGGGUUGCCAUAGAGCCCAAACACCCAAGUGAAAUGCCGAAGCUGGUGCGUGGGAUGCGUUUGCUGAACCAGGCCGACCCCUGUGCUGAGGUUCUGAUCCAGGAAACAGGAGAACAUGUUCUGGUCACAGCUGGAGAGGUGCAUCUGCAACGCUGCCUGGAUGACCUCAGAGACCGGUUUGCGAAAAUUGAGAUCAGUGCCUCCAAACCCAUCAUCCCGUUCAGAGAAACAGUGAUACGUCCUCCAAAAGUGGACAUGGUGAACGAAGAGAUGGGCAAGCAGCAGAAAGUGGCCAUCAUCCACCAGGUGAAGGAGGAGUCCUCUCAGGCUCGGACAUCGGACACCCUACAGGUGGACCCCAGUGGUCUGGUCACACUCACCACCCCAAACAGACUGGCCACCGUGAGCAUCCGGGCGAUCCCCCUACCAGAGGAGGUCACCCGUCUGCUGGACGGCAGCUUGGAGCUCAUUCGGACGCUGGAGCAGGUCAACAUGUCUCUGAGGGAGGGCAGGAGUCUGGACAUCAGCACCCGGACCCUGGAGGCUAUUGAAGGACUCAAGGCUAAGCUGGAGGGUCUGCUGCAGGGCCGGAAGUGGAGGAACGCCGUGGACAGGAUCUGGGCUUUCGGGCCUCGCAGGUACGGACCCAACCUUCUCCUGAACAACGUGGACUCGUACCAGCGACCCUCGGUGUGGCAGUGCCUGUUCAAAGGGAAUAAACCCUCCAAACCCGCCCCUCAGGCCGCUCUACGGGACUUUGACAACAGUAUCAUCAGUGGUUUCCAGCUGGCCACUCUGUCGGGGCCCAUGUGUGAGGAGCCGCUGAUGGGCGUGUGCUUCUCUGUGGAGAGGUGGGACAUCCAAGCCUCCACCCCUCUACAGCAGCAGGACUCCGUGGAGGAGGACUCCAUUUCCCAUGAGUCCUCAGAAGACAGCAGAGCGGAGGGCGGCAGUGAGAUGGACGAGCAGGGGGAGGGGCCUGCAGCGGGGCCGAACCAGGCCAAGCGUAGGCCAGAGGCUGGACCUGCAGACUGUUACGGACCCGUCUCCGGUCAGCUCAUCGCCGCCACCAAGGAGGCGUGUCGUCAGGCUUUCCAGGCUCAGCCCCAGAGACUCAUGGCCGCCAUGUACACGUGUGACAUCAUGGCUACAGCUGAGGUAUUAGGUAGAGUUUACGGAGUGUUGGGGAAGCGUGAGGGUCGAGUCCUCCAUGAAGAGAUGAAGGAAGGGACGGACAUGUUCAUCAUUAAAGCCGUUCUGCCCGUCGCCGAGAGCUUCGGAUUCGCCGACGAGAUCCGGAAAAGGACCAGCGGAUUGGCCAGUCCACAGCUUGUCUUCAGCCACUGGGAGGUGAUCAGCAGUGAUCCAUACUGGGUUCCCACCACAGAGGAGGAGUACCUGCACUUCGGGGAGAAGGCCGACUCUGCCAACCAGGCGCUGAAAUACAUGAACGCCGUCCGCCGCCGUAAAGGCCUGUACGUGGAGGAGAAGAUCGUGGAACACGCAGAGAAACAUGCGAACACUCAAGCAGUAGAGACGACAAACAUGGACAAACGCUCCUCUUAUGGUCGAUACUGGGUCGUUUCAGGACUUCACACCUGCUGCUGCUCCAUGGAGGUCUGGGAACAACAGGACGGACGGACAGGCGGACGGACGCUGGGUUCAUUUUCAGAAGACAUUCGUCACAGCAGUAUGCAAUGACUAAGAAGGAAUUUAGUUUCACUGUACAAACAUUUCCAUUACAAUAAAAGUGAUGCAAUAGUACUGUACUGAAAAUAAAGCUGUCAGGGAUCUGUUUUUUAUAGAAACUGGCUGAUUUCUGUUCAUUUUAAACACAUUAAAGUAUGUGUGUGAUUUUUGACCAAUUCAGUUACACCAUUCUGUUUUAAAUAAUAAAUUAAUGAUACUAAGAACUCGUGGUAUUUAAUGUCAUUAUUGCUUUGUUCUAGUCAUGCUGAUU